CAACAGUGUCAGUGCUAGUGAACAGUCAGGUUAUAGGGUUUCGUUGCUUUGGUCGUCCUUAACUUUAGGCUUUGAUAGUUUGGUUGUGAAGUUCAAUGGGGUAUGAGAAGUUCACUUGGGUGAUUAAGAAUUUCUCAUCUUUGCAAUCUAAGUACAUUAAUUCUGAUAAAUUCGUUAUCGGUGGCUGCAAAUGGUUUCUUAAGGGAUAUCAGAAUGCUAAUUAUUUGUCUCUGUUUCUGAUGGUUGCUACUUCAAAAACAUUGCCUUGUGGAUGGAGAAGAUACACACGAUUUCGCCUAACUGUUGUAAAUCAACUUUCCGAUGAACUUUCCCAACAACGAGAAACGGAAACAUGGUUUGACCAAAACGUUGUUCUCUCUGGGAAUCGACACAUGAUUUCCCUUACCAAACUUAAUGCGAAGAAAGGUGGAUUUCUUGUGAACAAUGAAGUCAAGAUUGUUGUGGAGGUUGAUGUUCUUCAAGUUAUUGGCAAAUUAGAUGUUUCAGAGGGAUCUCAAGAAGUAACUCAACCUCUGAAAAGGAUAAGGCUAAACGAUGAUGGUGUUUCCGUAAAACAAAGCAUUGAUGUCAAUGGGUUUCAGGUUCUUCCUUCACAGGUGGAAUCGGUGAAACGUAUCUUUGAAAGACACCCAAACAUGGCACUAGAGUUCCGAGCAAAGAACCAACAUGUGAGGACAUCAUGUAUGAAUGUCCUCCUCAGCCUAAUCGAUACACUGUGCCAGUCACUGCAAGACAUUUCCAUUGAUGACCUGGGCCAGGCAGAGAAAGCACUAAGAUACCUGAAAGAUUCGGACUUUAAGGUGGAUUGGUUAGAGCGUAAAUUGGAGGAAGUGAAGGAAAAGAAGAUGGAAGAGCAGAUUGGUAAGUCUCGGAUGCAAGAACUAGAGGAAGAGCUGAAGAUCUUCAAGCAGAAGUGCUCUGACAUAGAAGCUCAACUGGAGAAAGAGAAGCAAAAGUGCUCAGACAUAGAAGCUUUGCUGGAGAAAGAGAAGGCAAAGUCGUUGGCCGCUGCCAGAGCUCCUCCUCUAACGUUGGAUGAUGUUGUUUGAUGACUUAGGCUCCGCUAGGUGUCAAAAUUAACGUAGGCAGCUAGAGAGACUUCUGUCUAUUGGAAGCUCAUAUAUGUUGUAAAGAGCUAAUCUUUUUGUUAGGAGAACUCGCUAGGACUAAGAGUCUAGGAUUUUGUUAGUUGUCUCGUAAACGGAUUAGUGCCGGCUAAGGUUAAGCUACCAAGUGUAGUUUUCAAUUUUCAGUUAUAAUCUUAGCUUAUUAAGUGAAACAGAGCUUAACUUUGGUCUUAAACCGAAUUUAUUCUUACG